AUUCUUGCAUUUCACUCCUUCAUGGCAACAUGCAAUCUGGCUUUCCAGAGGUGCUGUAUUAUUGUAUAUUGUCUCUGAGCAGAAACUUAUAUAUGUGUUUUAAAAUUAAAUCUUAUUGAAUGUCAAAAUGUUUGUUUACGCAGUGCUGCGUUUGAGUUCAUAGCAGCACCGAAGUGUAUUUCGAUUGAAUUCACACUCUACUGGAGAAAAGACAGCUAUUGGUUUUGGCUUCUGCAAAAUAGUGAUUUGUUAGCUUUACCUAUCAAAUACAGACACUGGAUCUGUAAUAGCAUUUGACAUACCCCCUUGCAAACUGCCAACGCUACCAGUAGAGGGCACUGCUGAGAGAGAUCAUUGCUGCAUGCAUGCAAAACUAACCUCCUUUCUAGGCCUUUCAGUAGUUUUAUAAACCUCUCUGGAAAAACAAACUGACAAUAGAGUUUGAUGCAUUGAUGAACAAAGUUAUUAUUUCUAGGCAGGGUGUCCCAGUACUCUGCCACAAUUUGAUGGAUGUAGUAAUUGAUUAUUAUUAAUUUUAUAAUAUGUUAUUUCUUGCUGCCUUUUCAUGCCAGGAUCCCCUUGUAAAAGAAAUGUAUAUCUCAAGGGUUCUAUCUUGGUUAAAUAAAACUAUUUGAAUACAAAUUUGAAUAAACUGGUUUUACUGUUAUUAUUCAGUAUAGAGGAAAUAUUGCACAGAUAUAUGACAGAAGGCAGUGUGGUCUCCUAGCCUGUAUACUGUGCAACAUUACCAAGUCACCUCAUCGGACCUUCUUUCCCAAGUCCCAGACAACUAUCUGGUGCAAGCCUGACAUCUCUCGGGAAGACCCUCUGACAUGUAGGGAUGAGGUCCCAGAGCAAUGGUGUGGAAAGUCCACCCAAUGGGCAAAUUUGCAUCUCCCAGCCAAAUAACAGGAAUUUGGAGGAUGAAGGAAGUUCCCAGGGCUCCAAGAAGAACAACAAAUCUCGACGGCAGAAAGAGGGAGAGGUCAUGGUUUCAGGCACUGUGAAAAGACAGCUGAAGACCUUGGAGACCAGCGACCAAAACAACAAGUUGCUUGAGCUUUCCAAAGAGGAUCUUCUCCAUCUCCUCAGCAUAAUGGAAGGAGAAGUACAGGCACGAGAGGAUAUCAUUCACAUGCUGAAGACAGAGAGGACCAAGCCUGAGGUGCUGGAAGCUCAGUAUGGCUCCUCAGUCCCAGACAAGGCUCUGCGUGCGUUACACAGGGACGCUGUCCUCACCAAAGCAACAUCUAUAGGAGACGAUGUGUAUGAGCCACCCAUGGCAGAGCUGGACAGGCUGGAGGAUAAACACAGGGAGACGUACCGCCGCAUGCUGGAGCAGCUCCUGCUGGCAGAGAAGUGUCACCGGCGCACCGUGAACGAACUGGAGAAUGAGAAGCAGAAGCACAAUGACUACAUGAACAAGAGCGACGACUUCACCAACCUCCUGGAGCAGGAGCGAGAGAGAUUAAAACGGCUUUUAGAACAAGAAAAAGCCUACCAGACGCGCAAAGAAAAGGAGCACAACAAGAGACUCAAUAAAGUGAGAGAGGAGCUGGUGAAGCUCAAGUCCUUUGCACUGAUGCUGGUGGACGAAAGGCAGAUCCAUAUCGAGCAGAUCGAUCAACAAACACAGAAGGUGCAGGACCUGAGUCAGAAGCUACAGGAAAAAGAACAAAAACUGAAAGCUGUCAACAGUAAAACAAAAGAGGACUGCCAGAAGAUCCUGAAGCUUGAAACCGACCUGGAGCACAAGUCCACAAAGUUUGUGCAGGAGCAUGAGGAGAUGGCGGCCAAGCUAGCCAAUCAGGAGUCUCAGAACCGUCACCUGAGGCUGAAGCUGGCCGGACUGACACACAGGAUCGAGGAGAUGGAGGAAACGAACAAGGUUCUUCAGAAGGCAGAGGAAGAGCUACAGAAACUGAGAAACAAGAUAAGCACAGGAGGAAGUGGGAACUCAAGCCUCAUGGCAGAGGUGGAGAACCUCCGCAAGAGAGUGCUGGAGAUGGAGGGGAAAGAUGAAGAGAUAACAAAGACAGAAUCCCAGUGCAGGGAGCUGAAGAAAAAACUGCAAGAGGAAGAGAAUCACAGCAAAGAGUUAAAGCAUGAAGUGGAAAAACUGCAGAAGAGGAUGGUGGAACUUGAAAAAUUAGAAGGGGCCUUCAGUGUUAGCAAAUCUGAAUGCACACAGCUACACGCUAGCUUGGAGAAAGAGAAGAGCCUGAGCAAAGAUUUGAUCAAUGAGUUAGAAGUCGUGAAAGCUCAGGUGAAAGGUCUCGAGGCUUUAGAGUUGAAACUGGAAAAAACAGAAUUAAGCUUGAAGGAUGACCUUACAAAGCUAAAGUCUUUUACAGUCAUGUUGGUGGAUGAAAGAAAAAAUAUGUCAGACAAGGUUAAACAGGAGGAAAGGAAGACCGAUGGUUUAAACCAAAUGGUUAAGACUGAACAAAGCAAGGUUAUGGAAGUGACUGAGAAGCUUAUAGAGGAAAGCAAAAGGCUACUGAAAUUAAAAUCUGAGAUGGAAGGAAAGAUGUCUGGCCUUGCAAAAGAGAAAGAGGAGCUACAGAUCAAGCUUAGGAGUGAGGAAGAGAAGUCAAACAACUUGAACUAUAAGGUUGGCCUCAUGAAAAAGAGACUUGAUGCUCUUGAAGAAGCUGAACGGGAGGCAGCUAGAAGCAGGGCUAAGAAAGAGUUUGGUAGGCAUACCGAAGCAACUGGACAAGAAGACAACAAGGUUACAGAGCUAACACUUGAAAUUGAAAGACUGAAAAACCGUCUACAACAGUUGGAGGUGGUGGAAGGUGACCUGAUGAAAACAGAGGAUGAAUAUGACUUGUUGGAGAAAAAGUUUAGAACUGAACACGACAAGGCUAACCUUCUUUCUCAACAGCUGGAAGAAAUGAAGAGUCAAAUUGCCAGGAACAAAGCAAUAGAAAAGGGAGAAGCAUUGAGCCAAGAAGCAGAGUUACGCCAACGGUACAAGAUGGAGGAGGCAAAAACCAGAGAUCUUCAGGCAGAUGUUCAGGCCCUGAAGGAAAAGAUUCAUGAGCUGAUGAACAAAGAAGAUCAGCUUUCUCAGCUACAGGUUGAUUAUUCUGUCCUACAGCAGAGGUUUAUAGAAGAAGAAAACAAAAAGAAAAAAAUGAGUAUGGAGGUUCUGAACUUGACCAAUGAGCUGGAGAUUACAAAACGCUACAGUCGCGCUCUCAGACCUAGCAUGAAUGGCAGGAGGAUGGUAGACGUUCCAGUGACAUCUACUGGAGUGCAGACAGAUUCAGUAGCUAGUGAAACAGCUGAGGAGGACACACCUGCUGUAUUCAUAAGAAAAUCAGUUCAGGAAGAGAACCACAUUAUGAGCAACCUGCGCCAAAAGGGCCUGAAGAAGCCGAUGGAACGGCCAGCUGUGCUUGACCGCUACCCUCCUGCAACCAGUGAGCUUAGCAUGAGAAAGUCAUGGAUUCCCUGGAUGAAGAAAAAAGAACAUGGUCCUCAGUCUGUCCCAGAAAAAGCAAUGCAAACUGAUGGGAACUCGGCACGGGCUGAAGUGGUGGUUUCACAAAAACAAGGCCAGCCCUUACAUAUCCGUGUCACACCCAACCAUGAACACAGCACAGCAACGUUGGAGAUAAGCAGUCCACCUUCAGAGGACUUCUUUUCAAGUACCACUAUAAUUCCUACUCUAGGUCUUCAGAAACCACGGAUCACAGUCAUUCCAACUCCCAGUGCAGGUUCACCGAAGAGCAAAGCAGGGGAAACCCUUUGGUCUGCAGAGCGUGCUAUGUCUCCUGUUACAAUCACCACUACAUCAAAGGGGAAGUCCCCAGAAACAGGCAAAACACCUUUUACAGAUAGACCCGUAUCUCCUAUCCAAAUGAUGACAGUGUGUACACCAGCACUGGCCGAUGUUUCAGUGUCCCCAGAACCUCAGGGGAUGACUAUGGGACGUGCUGUUUUCAAGGUAACCCCAGAAAAACAGACCGUGCCCACGCCGAUCAGAAAGUACAACUCCAAUGCCAAUAUUAUAACGACAGAGGACAACAAAAUUCACAUUCACUUGGGGCCCCAGUUAAAAAGACCUUCCACUCCUUCCUCACAGAACCCUAAUCCCACAAUCCUUGUUCGGCCAGUUACCGUGACAACUGAAAACAAGGAAGUUAUGACAGGUACUGUCUUACGUUCUCCUUGUCAUAACACAGCCGCCAAGACUGGCACCAGUAAAGUGACAAGCAGCAUCACUAUAACAGCUGUAAGCACUGCCUCUACCAGACCUACGCAGUCAGUGCCAGGGCAGGAAGGGCCACCAGCUCGCCCUGCACCCACACGCAUCCCGAUGACAAAAGGUAUGAAAGCAGGGAAACCAAUUUUAGGAGCCAUGGGAGCAGCAAAUAUCGCAAAAUUAGAGCCCCGGUCCGAUAGCCAGUCAAUGAAAAUUGAAGUGAAGAAGUCUGUAGUCAGCAGCUCUAACCCUCUGGCUGGAGGAAAAGGCUGAGGACAGGAGCCUGUGGAGGGUCUACUGCGACCAUGGAAACCCCCUCUGUCACUGUGUGUACAGUGUACACAUACUAGCUAUGUGGAGCAAUCCACUAUUUAUGUAUAUUUUUUUAUUUUAUUUGAAAAUGAGUAACAACACACUUAUACUGCUACAAAAGAGAUAUGUUUAUCAAGUUGUGCCUCUGUCUCCACCCAAAUCCUUACAUACAAAUAUUAUUGUAAAGUUUUAUAAUAAAUAUACAUAUUAGUUUUUAUAGAUGUGUUUUAAUGUUAGUUUUUAUUAUUUUUUAGCAUGUUUGUAUGACUUAAUGUUUGCUUAUUCUACCAAAAUCCAACCUUUUCAGUGUAUGCAUUUGAUUUACUAUGCAGCUAAUUCCGUGUGUGCAUCAGUGAUCAUUGCACACUGUGGAGUUUACUGUGGUAGCUAUCCAGUCUUACAAAGGCCUGAUCUUCAGUUUGUAUUUUAGAUUUAGCUCUUAAUAAAGUGAUAUAUUUAAGCAGUUAAA